AAUAGUUUGUGUUCCAGGGCCUUGCCGCCUCUGAAUCAUCAAUAUCCUCCGUCAUCUCUCGUCUCCUUGACCAAGCCAAGCGUUCUAAGAGCAACAGCCCUGUCAUCCUCGUUAUCAACAGCAGGGCACUGCAAGAGACUUCGUCAAGUGUGGAGGCCCCCGCCGAACCCGUGUUUAGACAAAGUGGGGAAAGCAAUGGGAUCUCUUUGAUGACGGUCUUGACACAGCUCCAAAAAGCUCGCCAAAAGCCCACCGUCUACCGCUCCCGCCCUCGCUACCAGCACGCCCGAAAACCUCAAAAACGACUACCAGUCUACAAGUCCCUCCUAAGCCUCCGGAACAGCCUUCGCUGCGGCGCCCAAGACGAAUGCAAGGACGAGUGCUCCGAUAUUCCUAGACCGCAGGAACAGAAGAAGUGUGACAGAAAAUGUGAGCAGAAAUACGAAUGUGACGAAGAACCUGGAUGCAAUGAAGACAAUUGUGAUGAUGAUACUAGCACCAAAGGACCGCCAUCGGAUGAAGAGGAACCUAAAAAAUGUGCCAGAUGUUAAUUUCGUUGUUUCUGAAUUUUAAACUUUAACACGAUAUGAUAUUCUAUAAGGACAGAACUGCAAUCCGAACGCAAAUUCUGAGCGUAUUUUUUUAAAGGUUGAAGAGCCAUCUAUUUUCGAGUUCUUGGACUAAAAUGAUAUCACUGCUUUACCGAUCGAGUCAGCAACCUACCGUUGUUUGGGAGAACUUUCAAGAAAAGAAAACCCAUCCCAUUCCCGCAUCCCUAAUACCAUACGGAAAUACGGAUUUGUUGGCACUGAUACUAAAAACUAGAAAUAAAAUCAUGCAUUAUUAAAUUGGCCAAGACUGAGAAAUUAUUUCAUAGUUUAAUCAAAGCAUUUAAUUAUUUAAUAAAUCCUACAAUUCCAGACAGCCUUUAGAA